AUGAAUAGUAAACAACUAAAGCAAAUUUCCUCUAUUUUAAAUUUAGUAAGAAUAACAUUCUAAAUAGAUCAAUUCCUUUUAAUUUAUUCAACCAAAACUUAAUCAGCUUUCAGAUUUAAGUUCAGGAAUUGCUUUAUAAUAAAUGUUAUAUCACAUGUAUUAUCAAUUAUCUUUAUUUAGUUUUGAGAUUGAAAUUUAAUUGGAAUAAAAUGAUAAUUGGGAAAUGUAGAUGAAAGAAAUUAAGGAAUUAUGGAAUGCAUUUGAAAGCAAACUUAAACUUCCAUAAAAGCCAAAUUUUCUCCAGGUUGUCAAAAAUAGAAAUGAAUAGUGUAUUUUGGAGAUGGUAAUGAAUAUUUAAAAAUAUAAUAGAUGGUAAGCCUAUUAUAAGCUAUAAUACAUUCUCCAUAUUCAAGUGAAUUGGUCACUCCGAUGAUGCAACUAGAUUAAGAAACAUAAAUGGUUCUAUUAAAAUUAAUAUAAGAAGAGCAAUCUUCAUUGACAUUAGAUCAAGAGUCAAAGAUAUCAGAUGAAGUGUUACGUAAAUUCGAAGAAUUAGAGUAUGAAAAUUAGAAAUUGAAUCAAGAAUUACUGCUUUCAAAAGAAUAGUAUGAAAUGGAGAAAAAAAAGAUGAAGGAAGAUAUGGAAAUAGUGCAAGCAGAUAUAGAAACAAGAUAAAAAACAAUAAAUUCUUUGAAUGAAGAUUUGAAUCAAAUUUAUGAAGUUACACAAACAAAUUCAGUUAGUGAAGUUUGUGAGUACAUUCAUAAUAGAAUUGAUGAUAUCAAAGGAAUGUAAUAAAUAAUAGAAACCUUAAAAAACGACCAACAAUAAGAGAAAGAUGUGCAUGAGGAGAUAGUUAGAGAUUUGAGAAAUAAAUUGGAGGCAGGAUAUAGAAAAUACACCUAGAUGCAAAAAUUAGAAAAAUAUUGUGAACAACUUAAAACUUAAUUGUCUGAGUCUCUUCAAGAAUAAACUAAAAACAAGGAAAACUUGAAGUAAAAUUCAAAGUUGAAAGAAGAGAAUAUUGAAUUAACUAACAAAGUUACUUAAUUACAAUAAAAAUUGGACUCUCAAAAAUAGUUACAAAAAUAAAAUUAAAAAAUCUAAAGCUAAUAGGAGUUUGAUAUUUCCAAAGCCAGAUCAGAGAAUGAAUCUUUGAGUAGAUAAUUGAAAUUGAGAGAAUAAGAAAUAUUUAAAUUGAAAUAAGAAAUAAUAGAUUUGGAACACAACAUCCACAAUAAAACAGAAUAAUCCUAAUUGGAAAACAGCUCAGUUAUGUUGCACUCUCUUAAUGAUGGAGAAGAAAGAAGAAACUUUAGUGGAAUCUUCACUCCAAAAAGGAACCUUGGAUUAGAAUUAUCCUAAUUAAUCACGAAAUCUAAUUAUUUGAUAGAAGGAGAUCAGAAACUCAAACUUGAUGUUCAUACAUAAACUGAUGACAAUUAUGAAUCCUCUACUCUCCUCAAGAAAUAGGAUUCUAGUUUUGACGAAGAGAUUCUAUCAUCAUAAUUAUCUUUCUGGAAAACCUAAUGUUCUGACUUGCUAGCAGAGCGAGCAUUGUAUGAGGAGAAGUAAAAUUAAUUACACAAAGAGAUGAAGGAAUUACAAAUUAAAUUAGAAUAAUUUUUUAUUGAAUAGCAUAAGUAUGAAUAAGAAUUAUAGGAGGCUAAGGAUAAAGUGUUGAGUUUAAUAGAGGUAAAUUUCAACUUAUUUAUUAUAGGAUAACAAUGUAAUUAGAAGUUAGUUCGAGUAAUCCUUACAAAAAAUAGCUUUGCAAGACAAACAACUAGUGGAAUUUCCUUAGAUAAAAGAGUAAUUGAAGGGAGCCUUACAAAAAUUAGAAAAAACUGAGGAAUAACUUAGAAUGAAAAAGAAAAAGAAAGUGCCCAUAAAUCAAUCUUCGUUGAUGAAUAAACAGCUUGAAAUCACGAAGAAGACUUAUGAAGAAUUGCUAUUAAUUAAAUAGGAAGAACUGUAGUUGUUGGCUGCAUCGAUCUAAGAUAUAAUCAUUAAUUAUAAUGUUUCCUAAAUCUUGUGAUGAAUUAUAUCAAUGUCGUCUAUUCAAAAAAUUGUUCCUUGGUUCAUCCACUCGUUACUUCUAUGUCUUUUCUGACAGAGUGAUCGCAAAUAAAGUAGAAAUUAGAACUAUUUCUACUCUUAGGAUUCCAAUAGAAAACGAACAGAUCGGAUAUUUUCUAACACCAAUACCAAUAGAUUGAUUUGGAGAUACACAAAUGAGUAGCCAUUAAAAUUAAAGGGACUGAUUUUUGACUGUGGCGAUUUAUAAUUUGAAUAUUUCGGAGAGGAUCAAACACUUCGUGAAUUGAAAAAAAAUGUUUCUAAACUCUUUUUUUAAGCAAAAGUCUAAGAAGAAUAUAUGGCUUAAUAAGUGAUUGGAUAGGGAAAUUAUGCCUUAGUAUUUAAAAGCUGAUUUUUAUAUUAGGUUCUUGAAUUACAGCAUUUACAUUCAGAUCAAAGAUUUGCAUCCAAAUGUAUUGAUAAAAAGAAAGUAUAGGCUAUCGAAUAAGGAGAAGUAACACUAUUGUUCUAUAUUAAGUAAUCAGUCUAAAAUGAGAUUAAAAUCAUGAGAAUAUUAAGUCCGCACAAAUCACUCAUAAAUCUCAUUGAAGUUUAUGAAGGAGACAACAAUAUAUACUUGAUAAUGGAUUUAGCUUAAGGUGGAAGUUUGUAUAAGGAAAUGAAAAAUAAAGUAAGUCUUUAUAGUAGAGAAGAAGUUCAGAAUGUAAUUAUUUCAUAAUUAUAAAAGAUCAUGUAUUAGAUUUUAUCAGGAUUACAUUAUAUACAUUCGAAACGAAUUAUGCAUAGAGAUUUAAAACCAGAAAAUAUAUUAUUUAGAGAAAAAGGGAAUCUGAAUACCUUGACCAUUGCUGAUUUCGGUCUCUCCGUAGAAAUAGAUGCCUUUCCAUACUUAUAUCCAAAAUGUGGUACUCCAGGAUUUGUGGCUCCAGAAGUUGCUAAUCUGAUUGAUAAAACCUAGCCAUACACAGCUGCUUGUGACAUAUUCUCGGCAGGUGUCAUAUUUCAUAUUUUACUUUUGGGAGAAGGAUUAUUUGUAGGAAAUGGUCAUUAAGAGAUUUUGAGAAUGAAUAAAGAAUUUUAAGUGGACUUUUCAAAACCGAAAUAUCAAUAAUUAGACUACGAUGCAAAGGAUCUAUUGUAAGAUAUUGAUUAGUAAUCUAGAUUCAAAAUGACUGCUUAUAAUUUCUUGUAGCGUUAUACUUCUGAGCAAUGUCUGUAACAUCCGUUCUUUUAAAAUAAUGGCAAGUAACAAUCAUAAUAAAAAAUAACUUAAUUCAAUACUUCCUAAAUUGAAGAAAGUCCCAAUAAAGAUUCCUUUAACCAAUAUCUAUAAAAUUACAAUAGUCCUAAUUAAAAAUUAAUAAGUCAAGAUAGUAAGAAACUAUCUAUAGUUACUCGAACUCCACUUUAUGGUCCUAAAGCUGUUACUCCUUAGGUACAAAUUCAAAACGACAUUUUGGAAGAGCUAAGUCCCUUAAGUCAUUUUUCUUUGGAUUAAGAAUAAUAAGGUGGGUAAGAAAAUGAUAACCACUAAAUUGCUAAUACUAAAUGAUUAUUAUAUUAUUUACAAUCGAU